AUGGUGGAUUGGGGACAUUCAUCAACAACAGAACACCUCUUACCAACAACCCUAGGAGAGUCGAGAGCCUCUCUUCGGCCUUCAGUACUUGCACAUAUCACAAGAAGUACAGAUUAUUCCUCAAUGUUAAGCCCGCAUUCAACGAGAGCUGAGACCAGCAAGGCCUCAAUGUUUUCAAUCUUCUUCUCCAAAAGAAAUUUUACGGUUUGUACAUAUGCAUUCAUAAUUUCUUUCAUUACAUGUACCAUCUUGGUUUUCAACCCUUCUCUCCCUUCGAUUCCUUUUGGCCUCAAAAAUCUUCUUCAUACCUCUCCUCAGACCCCAAACUCUGAUUGGAAACGCAAAUCCUUACCACAGACUGAUGAGAUUGGAAGUUUGAAAGGAAAUGUGGGGAUUGAUCAGAAGGGAUUUCAGAAUGGUCAUGAUCAAUCUUCUGGGGAAAAUGGAGGAAUGAAGAAAAAUGGAGAGAUUGGAACAGAUAAUCACAUUGGUAUAGCUCAACCACCAAACACUAACAAGGAAAAUGCCGAGACUGAAAGGGAUAAUCAUAUUGGUACUGCUCAAUCAUCAAACACAACUAAGGAUAAUGCAGAGACUGAAAGGGAUAACCUUAUUGGUACAGCUCAAACAUCAAACACUACCAAGGAAAAUGUGGAGACUGGAAGGGAUCAUCAUAUUGGUACUGCUCAACCAUCAAACACUACCAAGGGAAAUGUAGAGACUGAAAGGGAUCAUCAUAUUCCAUCAAACACUACCAAGGGCACUGUAGAGACUGAAAGGGACCAUCAUAUUGGUACCCCUCAACCAUCAAACACUACCAAGGACAAUGUAGAGAUUCCAAGGGAUGAUCAUAUUAGUACUGCUCAACCAUCAAACACUACCAAGGAAAAUGUAGAGACAGAAAGGGACCAUCAUAUUGGUACCCCUCAACCAUCAAACACUACUAAUAAGGGAAAUGUAGAGACCGGAAGGGAUUUUGGUACUCCUCAAACAACAAACACUACCAAGGAAAACGUAGAGAUUGCAAGGGAUGAUCAUAUUGGUACUGCUCAGCCAUCAAACACUACCAAGGAGAAUGCAGAGAUUCAAAAGGAUCGUCCUAUUGGUACUGCUCAACCAUCAAAUACUACCAAGGGAAAUGUAGAGACUGAAAGGGAUAAUCAUAUAGGUACUGCUCAACCAUCAAACACUACCAAGGAAAAUGUAGAGAAAGUUGAGGGUUCUGAGAAAAGAAAUGAGACAAAAAAUGUUGUGAGCUCAAAUUCUUCUUCUAAUGAAAAAGAGGAUACGAACAAGAAAGGGAAACAAACAAGGUUGGAGUUGAAGAAUGACUGUGACCUAUUUGAUGGAACGUGGGUGAGAGAUGAUUCUUACCCACUUUAUGCUGCAGGAACUUGUCCUUACAUAGAUGAGGCUUUCAAUUGUUUCCCUAAUGGUAGGCCUGAUAAUGAUUACGAGAAGUAUAGAUGGCAACCGAAACAUUGCAAUGUUCCGAGGUUGGACGGUAGGAAGAUGUUGAGAUUAUUAGCGGGAAAGCGUCUAGUUUUUGUAGGCGAUUCUCUCAAUAGGAAUAUGUGGGAGUCUUUGCUUUGUGUUCUUAGAAAUUCAGUGGAAGAUAAGAACAAAGUUAAUGAAGUCUCCGGUAGGAAAGAGUUUCGUACAGAGAAGUCUUACUCUUUCAUAUUCCAGGAUUAUAAUUGUUCAGUAGAGUUCUUUCAAUCACAAUUUCUAGUUCAAGAAUGGGAAGGGAAAGACAAAAAUGGAUCCAAGAAGGAAACACUUCGCAUUGAUUUAAUGGAGAGUGCCGCGGAUAACUACAAAGAUGCAGAUUUUCUCAUCUUCAACACAGGUCAUUGGUGGACUCAUGAGAAAACUUCCAAUGGGUUGGGUUACUAUCAAGAGGGUGACCAUGUCUAUGAUGAGUUGAAUGGUGAAGAGGCAUACCGGAGAGCUUUAAGUACAUGGGGAAGAUGGUUGGAUACCAAAGUAGAUCCUAAAAAAACAGCAGUUUUCUUCCGGGGCUAUUCACUUUCUCACUUUAGGGGUGCCGCAUGGAACGCUGGAGGGAAAUGCGACGGUGAGACGAAGCCAACUACAGAAACUGAAUACGGAGGAGAAUAUCCAUCAUACGUGAAGAUCUUCGAGUCGGUAUUGGAGAAGAUGAAGACUCCAAUUCUGUAUCUGAACAUCACAGCAAUGACUGAUUUCCGGAAGGAUGCUCAUCCAUCGUUUUACAGAAAGCCCAACUUAACUGCAGAGGAAAGACAAGCGACUUCAAUACAGGAUUGCAGCCACUGGUGCCUACCCGGUGUGCCUGAAACAUGGAACGAGUUACUAUUUGCUCAACUCCUUAGACGCCACAAGCAACAGAAGAAGAAGAAGCAACAUAUAUAAACAGAAGCAUCAGCAAUAGAGUCAGAGGACUCCCUUUUGAACAUGGAGAA